AUGGAGUCUUCCGACGAACCAUCCCCGGGUGUAACGCUUCGUCCGCCGCUGGAAUCCUCGGCCGACGAGAUUCGGAUUCUCGACAUCUUACCGUCCGAAAAGAUCUCUGGUCCGAUAGCAUGCAGCUACCGCGUCAUUAGUCUGAAGCGUGGCGAAGGUCAACAAAUACCUUCCUAUGAGACCCUGUCCUAUGCGUGGCAAGAUGCCGGCAGUGACUUGGAAACAGAGGCGGCUCAAAUCAUCAUCGACAUUACCUCUUUUGCGGUCUCGGCGAGCCUCUUGAGAGCGCUGCGGCGGCUUCGAUUUCCCGACCGGAUAAGGACCCUGUGGAUUGACGCGGUAUGCAUCAAUCAAUCCGACGACGUUGAAAAGUCUCAGCAAGUCAACCUGAUGCGGCGCAUUUACGCCUCAUGUACUCAGUGCAAUAUCUGGCUGGGAUAUCCACGAGAUGUAGGUGUCUCGGAGGAAGAUGCACAAGUGGUUUUUGACACCAUCGCUUGGAUCACCGCGGCAGGCGAGGCCAUGGAUGCCAAGUUCAGUGGUGUUGACGCAUCUAUCCCGCCCCCACCGGGUUGGUUCCGGGAUGUUGAAGAAGACGGGAUUGACGGGAAGGAAAAACUGAAUCAUGAGCUUCGACUAAGGGUUUCCGAAGCGUUUUACAAGUUCUUCCGAACGCCCUGGUGGUCGCGUGUGUGGACCGUGCAAGAGGCCACCCUUCCUCCUACUGCGACAGUCUAUUGGGGUGCCUGUGAGAUCUCGUGGUAUUUGCUUGACAUGGCGUCAGAGGCACUCAUGGCGCCAACAGACGGAAGGCGAGAGGAGCAUGUUGGUGAUCUGAUGCCAGAAGAAAUCCACAAGUUCAAGGCACUAGACUACUUGAUUGCUGUUAUGAGGGGUAUCGGCAUCUCUUCUGCGGGUGAAGAUCCUGUAUCCACGCUGUAUCGCUGGCGUGGAAGAAAAGCCACAGAUCCGAGGGACAAGGUGUACGGGUUGAUGGGGUUGGAUGGUAGAGCUGUUGGUGAGGAUGAGGAAGAAGAGGAAGAAGAGGAAGAAGAGGAAGAAGAGGAAGAAGAGGAGGAAGAGGAGGAGGAGGAGGGAGACAAGGAGACUGGGGAGGAGGAGGAGGGAGACGAGGAGACUGGGGAGGAGAAUGAGGAAGAAGAGGAGGAUGAAGAAGAAGGGGAGGAAGAGGAGAAAGGGAUCUUCAUCCCUGGCAUCCCAUCUUGCGACUACACCUUGGACGCCCAAACCCUCUUCUGUCGUGUCUCCUGGGCCCUUGUCGAACAAUACAACAGUAUCGAACCUCUAAUCGGCCGAAGGGGAGAAGCGGCCAAGCUGGACGGUCUUCCAUCGUGGGUGAUAGACUGGUCCCAAGACAGAUGGUCGGAUGGGUUUUUCUACUUUGACACGGAACAAAGCAAAGUACCGGUCCAGGUGGCGGCAGCCGACUAUUUCAGCCAUAAGUCACUCUACUCGCACUAUUGCGCUGAUGGACCUGUCAUGGUAGGGGCCGGUCCCAGACUUUUGGACGAAUCUGGACGAGUCCUUGGGCUGGACGGGUUCUUCGUUGACAGAAUUGCAGUGGUGGAGCAGCGAGAAGUUCUUGGGAGACUGGCGUUUGAGGGCAACCAGGUUUUGAUGGCGAACGCGGCACGGUAUGGGGAGCUCAUUGGGCGAUGCCACGACUAUUUCUCGUCAGCAAGUGAGGAAUCACGCAGGAGGUGGCAGAGUGGUGGCUGGAUGCAGGAAUACCUCGGCGUGGUAAGGGGCCAGCUUGAUCCAGCAAUGCCUGGUCAUUGUCCCUUUGGCGAGGACGAGUGGGCGUCCACGUAUCUCCAACACCAUCUUUUGUUUGUGACAGAAGGAGGCAAGGUUGGAUUCGGACCUGUGACGUCUGAGCCUGGCGAUGAAGUCUGGAUUCUCGAACUGUGCAGGCUCCCUGUUGUGCUUAAACCUUUGCAGUCUGAAGAUCAGGAAGGAGGGACAAAGCGACGUGCGGUUACGUGGGUGGGCGACUGUUGCGUGUAUGGCGUGAUGAUGGGCGAAGUUGUGGAAGGGAAGGAGGAUGCUUGGGUUGAGAUUGCGGUUCACUGA